AUGCUUCUCGAAGACGAAGAGCCUCACGUGAUACAUCACAAAUCUGGUCGCUGGCUACGAUCGAUUGCAAGGGUUGUCCACCGAGCCGAAGAGAUCGAGGACGAGGCCGACGUCGUUGGCCAGUCUGUAGCCUGGUCUUACGACUACGAUGACGGGGAGGCGUCCGGCAAAUCCAUGUACCCCAGGACGCCUGCAGGCUGGGAGAGGGGAUGA